GGCUAAUAAUAAGAGCCUAUAUCCUGGCGGCGUUAUAAAUAAUAAUUAUAAUAAUAAUAGGAAGAAUUGAUAUAAAAUGAUAUCGGUCAACCAAUCGUGACAGUUUUGUCUGAUCCUCCAGCAGGUUAGGUUAGAUAACAUUCAGCACUGACUGGUUAUCCUACUAGCAAGCUGUCAUUGCUAUUUUAGCAUCUCCAAAGACAGCAUAACCUAUAGCGGACUGUUCGCUUCGGGAAAAUCCCAUCAUCAGCAGCAUCAGCAUCAUCUUGGACAAACAGACAAUACACGAAAAAAGAAGUGUAGGAUACGGAGGAUUUACGCGCUUUGUUUACGUUUCAUCCUCGGAAGAUCGCCGCGUUUACAUUGGUCUCUCGGAAUGCCUUCGUGACGUCAUAAGAGCCAGACGUUCAAUUCGGAGUUUUGAAACAAACACCUGUUAUCUCUCAAACAGACAUCUUGCGCGCGCGUUAACGUUCAACAGAGAAAAGGUUUCCAAAUCGCGCUCCACACGCCCACUGCGGGCACACUGAAGCCGUCUAAUCUCCGGCAGCCAAACUAAAGCCGUUUAGGGAUCCAUUUAGUGAUAAGCCCGACCAGAUAACAUGGAUGGUGAAGAAUUUGCAAUGACGAGAGCAACCAUGGCUGUGUUUGUAUGGCGUGGAGACUAAAAUCCGCCGGCAUCGAGCGCGUUAUUAUUAAUAAAUCAGGCUUUGCGCAUCAGUCUCGGACUUUGCUUUCUGGAUUUCCAAUAGGAAACGUAUCCAUAGCUACGCGACUAUGGGCAGAGACGAAUGCAAAACCAUGUUGGAUGCGCUGAAUAAAGUCACGGCUUGUUACAGGCAUCUUGUCAUCGCUUUGGGCAGCACGUCGGAUUCACAAAAUCUACGAGAGGAGCUGAAAAAGACCCGCAAAAAAGCGCAGGAGCUGGCGGUGGCCAACAGGACUAAACUGACGGCUCUCCUGAAAGACAAGAGCAUCAGUAAAGAUGACCGCGCUGAAUAUGAGCGGCUCUGGGUGCUCUUCACCAGCAGCGUGGAGCUACUGGAGGUGGACAUGAAACGAUCGCUGGAAAUCGGCCAGGAUUUCCCGCUGAAAGUGCCGACGAGACAUCUCAUCCAGACCGGGAUGACCGGAAGCACCACGACCGUGGCCGCGCGAGCCAUGAGCGUCCAGAACAUGAAGUACGAAGGCGACGCGAACAUCGACACCGCCGAUCUCAAAGACCUGGAGACUGAGAUCGCGCAGGUGGACCAGAUGAUGGAGGAGAUGGAGAUGAAGGUCCAGGUGGCCCCGUGGGCCGUGGAGGCGAAACAGGAAGCAGGCGCAGAGUUAAAAUCCACAGUCAGCGUUGGAAACUCGUCUGUCGGUGUGAUUUCAAUUUGCGAGGAGGAACCCAAAGAAACGGUGGAUGGAGAAACUGAUCUGAUGAAAGUAUUCGCAGGCAUCAUUUUCACUGCUGUUUUACUGAUUGCUGGGAUUCUGGGAUAUCUUGUGAUUAAUCUUUGAAUCAAGGUGAUCUCCGGAGAUUGUGAUAUGUGUAUAAUUUUACCUUUCAGGAUGACAGUGGCUCAGGGCUUUAGAUUUUGUGUGUGAAUGUACAUGAAGGCAACAAUACAUGUAGGGAUGUAUGUGAAGGCAUAUGAUGUCUUAAUGCUCUUGGUGUGGAGAUCACAUCACCUUGCCAACAUUUAGAUGGGAAGUGUUAAUAAAAUAAAUGAGUGCUUGAAUGGAAUAGGCUACCUAAAAUAUUAUUUGUCAAUAGGGUUGCAAAAUUUCAUUAAUAUUCAAGGCUGGAAACUUUCUAUGGGAAUUUAUGGGAAUAAACUGGGAAUCUGAAAAAAAGUUGCCUAUUACAGGGAACUUAAAUGUAGUUAUAAAAAUCUUGCAUUAUAGUUUUGUCACAUGCACACAUCAUUGUGGCCACACCCUGUAUGUACUUGCAUUUUCUUUCAUAACAUCCAUAGAAAAUGUCCAUCUUUGCAUGUAUUCAAGUAAAUUACAUACAUUUGUUUAAAUCUUCCUUGUGCUGUGUGUAAGCUAGUGUGCAACAACAUUACCAUAUUUUCCGGACUAUAAGUCGCUCCAGAGUAUAACUCGCAUCAGUCAAAAAAUGCGUCAUGAAAAGGAAAAAAAACAUAUAUAAGUCGCAUUUAUUUAGAAAAUUAUUUUUCUUUUUGUGGGCAUUUUGUUUGUUAAGUCUUUCUCUGUUGUCUUUAAAGGUGCAGUGUGUAAUUUUUAGAAAGAUCUCUUGACAGAAAUGCAAAAUGAUAUACAAAACUACAUUAUCAGGGGUGUAUAAAAAACUUUUUAUAAUGAACCAUUAUGUUUUUAUUACCUUAGAACAAGACCUUUUUAACUACAUACACCGAGGGUCCCCUUACAUGGAAGUCGCCAUUUUGUGCCGCCAUGUUUCUACAGAAGCCCUUAACGGACAAACUUUUUUACUAAGUUGUCUCCGACAAUAACAUGUUUUUCUGGUGGCGGCUAUCGUAGCUUCUCUAUGCGUUUCAAAAGUGAGAAGUGAGCAGUGGACUGCGCCGUUGGUUGCAAUUCGCAACCUCACCACUAGAUGCCGCUAAAAUGUACACACUGCACCUUUAAAUUAAUGUUUCAGUUAACUCUUUUGCCGCCAGCAUUUUUUUAAAAAGUUGCCAGCCAGCGCCAGUGUUUUUCAUGAUUUUCACAAAUGUUUAAUGCCUUCCAGAAAAUGUUUUUCUUUAAAUAUAUAACAAUACAAUACACCAAAUGAAAGAACAGACCCUCUGCUUUCAAACAAAAAAAAAGUUUCAUCCUACCUUCAGUAGUUCUUUUGUAAUCAGCUUUUGAAUAUGGGUAGGUUUCUGCAAAAACACCACAUUUUGAGCAAAAAGCUGAGAUAAUUCCAUUUUUGUGACUGACUUUUCAUAGAGAUCCCAUUCAGAGCGAUCUUUAAAACAGACACAGACAUGCAGCCGCUUGCCAUAGGGAAAUACUUCCGGGUUUAAAAAGUUGCCGAAGGGCGCCACCUGGUGGAUAAUAGCGGUAUUGCGGAAAGCCGGAAAUACUCGUCAUUUUCUCUUGAUUGAUGAGAUAUCUCGUCAAUGGCGGCGAAAGAGUUAACAGUUUAAAAAAAAUCAAAUAAAUCCAGGCUUGAUGAGCGUUUCAAGAUUUUUCAGCACGGAUACAUUGCAUGCAUGUCUGCUUAUGACCAAACAAAAUGUUUAUUUAUGUUUGCAUAUGAUAUACUUUAUAUACAAUUCCCAAAAUUUCCAAAUAAUUCCCAUAAAUUCCUGUUAAGUUUCCAAUUUGAAAUAUUUCCAUGAAAAGUUUCUGGAUAUUUACCAGAAACUUUCCGCCACUUUGGAACCCUAUUUGUCAAUGUGUAUGGUUCCUUAAAGAAUCUUUAACACACAGAUACAAAAUAUGUUUUUCAGACAGUUCUUUAAAGGGAACCAAAUAAACACUAAAGUGUUUAACAGGUGUUUAGCAACAGAUCAUAAUGAGGUGUGAGAGAUUUUGUUAAGCACUAAGAAUUCACUUCUUCACUUAUAGCACAAAGUAUGUCAUGAAAAUGUAGAUUUAUUUAUGCUAUAUACGCUCCAAAUUCGUUGUUGGGGAUAUCAGUAGGCCUAAAUAAUUUGGGUUUCAUCACUGGAUGUAGACCCACAAGCUGAAGUUUACAACUUUUGUUACACUUGGCAGCAAAUGUUCCUCGGUUUAUAUAGAUAGCUCACAUAUCAUUGUAUUUUUGAAGAUUUUGGUAUCCUCUGAGGAUUUACACCAUCAGAUGAACAAGAUGUUCUUGUUGGUCCCUCAGUAAACUAUUGUUGUAUGUCUCUCAGUUCCAACACUGUUUCAUCACUGGAGAAAUAGACCUUUGGUGGUGUAUCUCUGCAUACGCACUGUAAAAAACUGUAAAACAACUUGGUUUUGUCAAUUCAACCUACUAGUUUAAGUUUUAACCUGUGAUAAGUUUAGAUAACUUAUAAAAACAAGUUGAAUUUUUUUAACUUAAUUUGUUAAAGUAACAAAAAUAUAUGUUGAUUUGACA